AAAACAUUAAACAUGGCACUCGCAUGGAACCCGUCAAAGAAACAUAGUGAUCGAGAAAGGUGGAUUUGUAUUUAUCCCCUUUAUAUAAAUAGUAAGAAAACUCUUGCAGAAGGUCGGAAACUCGCAAAAGAUAAAUGUGUAGAAAAUCCUACGCAUCAAGAGAUUCGUGAUGUUUUGGUAGCAGCUGGUUUCAAUGUUGCAGUAGAAAAUAAACUUCAUCCAAAAGAACGUAGCAAAGAAUUGUUAUAUCGCGGGCGUAUUCGUGUACAAUUGAAAAGUGAUGAUGGCAUUGCUUUAAAAUCUGAAUUCCCCACUAGGGAUUCUGUUAUGUCUUACCUAGGCACCACUAUUCCAAGAUUGAAAACUCGACAAGGAAAGCAAACCAGUGGUGAACAGUCAACUCAGUCAUCAAAUUUAUCAACAAAGAAGGGAAAGGGAAAAGGAAAAGGCAGGAGAGGAUAAAACAGAAUAAACACA